AUGACUCUCCUUAAGUCCAUGUCCUCCCUCUCCUUCAACGCCUCAUCAUUCUCCAAUGGAUCAGUGUCCAGUGGAAGCAUGAGCUCAUUUGGUCAAUCGGCCAAUAGAUCCUCGGGUAUCGUUGCCCAGCUUGGCUCCGACUUGCAGCCACUCGUCGAUGGCGCAAUCAAGACAGUCAACGGCGCCCUCGGCACAACUAUCGCCUUUGCAGAUGGCCUUAUUUCCAAAACUGUCGGUCUCUAA